AUAAGUUCAACAACUCACUGCACACAAGAUCCACAAUAUGACGAUAACCAAAACGUCACACGAUAUGUCAGGGGUACCUGAUACAGCAAGAGAUACUUUGCGAGGGAAGCUGGCGCCAAAGCAGGCGGUGAAACAGAGCAAGAACAAAGUGUGGGCAGUUGCAUUCUUCAAUGACGGUCGACGGGUCGUCACUGGUUCGCACGAUAAAACCCUGCGAAUUUUAGACGUGCGGCGACCAGGAGAAAUGGUGGGAGGGCCAUUCAAAGGGCACACGGACCGGGUGCGAACAGUCGCCAUAUCUCCAGACGACAGCCGAAUUGUGAGUGGUGGAGAUGAUACCACUGUCAUCAUCUGGGACACCGAGAGCAAACAGAUGGUACUCAAUCCGCUGGUGAAGCAUACAGAGAAGGUGAACUCUGUGUGCUUCUCCCCGGAUGGAAAGAGAGUCGCAAGCGGUUCGCAUGAUUCGACGGUUGUUGUAUGGGAUGCGGAGACUGGCGCAGUCUUUGCAACACUCGACAGUCAAGAUCAUCGUAGUAAAACCGUACACGUGUGGAGUGUGUCAUUUAGCCCGGAUGGGUUAAAAUUAGCAUCCGGAUCAUCUGACCAUACCAUUCGGGUAUGGCGCACCGUUAACGCCGAAUGUUUGCUCAAGAUCAAGGCCUGCGAAUGGUCAGUUCGAAGUGUUGUGUGGUCGCCAGACGGCAGCCAGCUUGUCUCUGGAUCAUCCGACAAUUCAGCCAAGUUCUGGGAUUCGUCUAAUGGGAAAAAGAUCGGUCAACCGUGCAUCGGUCACACUCGCUGGAUUACUUGUCUUGCCAUCUCAUCAGAUAACUCUUUCAUCGCCACAGCAUCGGACGACAGAACUGUGCGGCUGUGGUGCACAAAGACACAUAAGCAGAUAGGACAUGUACUUGAACACGCCAAAAAAGUUAACUCUGUCGCAAUUUCUCCCGAUGCAGAACUACUCGUGAGUGGAGCCGACGAUGGGAAUCUUCAGCUUUGGUCUAUUAGGGACAUACUGGAGGAUGAAAAAGUUGAGGAAAGCUCGACAGUGGAUGAAAAAGUACAGGGAGAGCAACUCCGCAACAGCGAAACGCAGAGUAGUUGCGACAGCGAACAUGGGUAUACCAGCGAUAACGGCAAUCACAAAGAACCCUCCUUCGAUCAGGACAGCACAAGUGACUCCUCUGACACCCGCGACGCCUCUGGCAGUGACGAUGAAGACUCAUUAUUUGACAUCUUUGCUAUAAAGAAGACGGUUCGCGAUUCUGGGGACCUUCACAUCAUCGAAGACCUUCUGACCCAUGAGAUUGAUUUUGACGAAGAUGACAACAGACGUGAUACAUUUGCCAAUCGCUCAAUUGUAAGGGCGCGCAGGUCCGACUGGGACUAUGCGCUUCAAGACGCAGUCAAGUCCAUUGCUAUCCAGCCCUCAUUAUUGGGCUACAUCUCAAAGGGCUUCGCCCUUUGUGGCAACAAGCGGCUCUGGGACGCUAUGGAAGCUUUCGAUUCCGCUUUUCUAUUUUCCAAUAGUGAUCCGAAUAUCAUCAAUCUUUUACUAUUGAUCAAGGCUGUUGCGCUUUUCUAUGCCGGUCGCCAUGAUGAGGCAGUGCGGCGAGUUCAAGACCUUACGACUGCUUUUCAACAUCCGGAUCCAAUUCCGUGCAGCGUUGUGAAUUCAUAUCUACGUGUGCAGCUUGCAAUCAUUGCUUUUCAGGAUGGGCGGUACAGCGAAGCAGCUGAUCAACUCGAUAGCAGUAUUUCCGAUAUUCACGGUGCUCUUCGGCUGGGACUUGGACUCGUCUUGGCAAACCGUCAACCAAAUACGGUGUGAAGCAUGCCUCCGUGCUGAUCGAGUGAUUGAAGCUGUCGAAUCCUACCAACAUAUGAUGUCGAUGAUCGACAAGGAUGUGAAGGAUAGCAACCUGGAAUGGACUACUGAAUUCAAGAAUGAUUGCACUGCGCGCUGUGUCGCAAAGGGAGACGAGGCUGUUGCUGCGAAAAAUUAUGAAACAGCCAUUGAACUGUAUUCGGCGGGUAUCGGGCUGGACUUUUCAUGCGAGUCACUCUUUGUACGCCGCUGUAAAGCAAAUUUGGGACGCAACACUUUCGCAGAGGCUCUUCACG